GAUGCGCCCUGCCUGGGCUCAUAUCUCCCUCCAGAAGCUGUCCCGAGCAGACAGUCCUCACCGCUCACGUCUUCUGUCUGGUCCACCUGACAUGCAGGAGCUCCUGGCUUACCUCCAGGACCCGGAGCUCGUGGCCCGGUUCCAGAGACGAUGCGGACUCUUCCUCGUCGGAGGCGCGCAUCACGGGACCGGGGGCCGCGCCGGAGCCCCGGUCGGUGCUGAGGGCCCACGUGGAGGUCUGAGGGGCAGCUGGGACCAGCAGGACUCCAACUCCAACUACAAGUACAAAGAGAACGGAUGUGCUGUUAGUGACUCCAGCAAGCCUCGCUAUGAGGUGAGGAACUGGCUGCUGCACAUCCUCUUCCUGGUCUCGGCUGGCCUCGGUCACGAAAUCUUCUACAUCACCUGCCUGCCCUGCAUUCACUGGAGCCUGGACCCCUUCCUGUGCCGACGCCUCGUCAACAUGUGGGCCCUGGUGAUGUACGUCGGCCAGGUGAUGAAGGACGUGCUGAAGCUGCCUCGUCCUCUCUCACCACCUGUGGUCAAGCUGGAGACACGAGUGGACGCGGAGUACGGCCUGCCCUCCACCCACGCCAUGGCAGCCACCUCCAUCUCCUUCACGCUGUUAUUAAGCGCCCCCUCCAGAUUACAGUUCCAGUUCGAGGUGGGUCUGCUGAUCGCAGUGACGCUGUCGUCCUUGGUAUGUCUGAGUCGCCUCUACACCGGCAUGCACUCAGUGUUG